CCAUGACAAGCAUUUGGGGAGGCAUGCAAACUAGCCUGUCAUGGGAACAAUGGGGUGUCAGAAGACUUGCAGGGUGGAGAAACUCCUGAAACAGUCUCAGAGGGAGGGUGCUGUGAGCCUGAGACAAAGGUUACCUCCAGCAAAGAGGAGCAGUCGGAUGAAAGGCACAGACAAGCUACGAAAUGAGGUGUUGCCGCUACAGCUCCCCAGUGUGCAGCCUUUGGACAACCUUUGUCUUCUAGAAAACGGCAGCACAGCCCUGAGACUCAACCCUGUGACCCUGAGCAGCCAGAGGCUAAAGCAGAGGUUGUUGGAGACCGAGAUCAGCGCCAAGAGAAGGGAGUGUGAAUCUCUUGAGGCGGAGGUGAAGAAAAAAAAUCAAACAUGUCAGACUUUGGAGAAUGAACUUCAAGAUUUUCUCCAGGAGAACGCACACUUAAGCCUCCAGUUUUUCAACAGCAGCCACAAAUCAUCUGCAUAUGAGAGGGUGAAGACUGAGUAUGCCCAACUCAAAGAUACGCUCGGUGCUGUGACGCAGGAGAGAGAUUUAGCUCUGUGGGAGAGAAAUCAGCUCCAAGGCAAACUGGAGAACCUAGAGCAGGUGCUCAAGCAUAUGCGUGAGGCUGCGGAGCGGAGGCAGCAGCUCGAGUUGGAGCAUGAGCAGGCCUUGGCUGUACUCAAUGCAAAGCAGCAGGAGAUUGACCUGCUUCAGAAGGCUCAGGUUGAGGCUAAAAAGGAACAUGAAGGCGCUGUUCAUCUGUUAGAGAACCACUUGGACAGCAUGCAGGCCAAAGUGCGUGAGCUAGAGGAGAAAUGUCGGAGUCAGAGCGAGCAGUUCAACCUCCUGUCCAAAGAACUGGAGAAGUUUCGUUUGCAGGCUGGGAAGUUUGACAUCCUCAGCACUGAACCUCUGACAGUGUGUGAAUCUCCAGGUUCUCCCAACAAAUCUCUAUCCCAGCUCCUCAAUGGAUUGGCAGCCCCCGUAGGAAAAGGCAAUGAGGCUCCAACAAGCAGAUCUUUGAUAUCAGAGUUCAUUCGGCCGCUCCAGAUCAGUGGAGACAAACCGGAGCUCCUCUCUGUCAAGCCAACAUUCCUCACUCACAGCCGAGGCAGCAGCCCAGCGAGAGCGCUCCUCUCUGAGAUGGACAAAGAGCUCGGUUCCACCACCAGAGCUAAACCAAGGUUUACCGGAAAAGUUCGCCUGUGUAUAGCUCGCUACAGUUACAAUCCUUAUGAUGGGCCGAAUGAGCAUCCUGAAGCAGAGCUCCCCCUGGUGGCAGGAAAGUACCUCUACAUUUACGGAACCAUGGAUGAGGAUGGAUUUUAUGAAGGAGAGCUGCUAGACGGCCAGCGGGGGCUCGUCCCUUCUAAUUUUGUGGAUUUUAUACAAGAAGAGGAGAAGGCCUCUGUCCAACACAGGGAUUCAGUAGCUAAAGAACCUGGCAACCUCAACCACAGUAGCCUGGGAACUCAGAGACUGGGGGUAGGCAGGGGGAUCGGGACAUGUUUAGGCAGCCUGCUGCCUGACAGUAAACAAAGCUGUCUGAGCAGCAGCAGCUUGGGCAUGGACCUCCUGGGCUCCUCCAGCAACGGGACAGGAACCUUAGAUGUCAAUAUCGACGAGGUCGGUGAAGACAUUGUGCCUUAUCCUCGCCGCAUCAACCUGAUUAAACAACUGGCCAAGAGCAUCAUCAUUGGCUGGGAUCCCCCUGUGGUUCCACCAGGCUGGGGCUCCAUCAGUGGCUACAAUGUCUUGGUGGAUAAGGAGGUACGAAUGAGCGUCCCCUACGGGGGCAGGACUAAGUCCCUCAUUGAGAAACUCAAUUUGGCCACCAACACUUACCGCAUCUCAGUGCAGAGUGUCACUGAGCGGGGAUUGUCAGAUGAGCUCCGGUGUACAAUGCUGGUGGGCAAAGACGUGGUGGUGGCUCCUUACUACCUACGGGUGGACAACAUCACGCAGGGCUCUGCUGAGCUCUCUUGGAUGCCCAGCAACAGCAACUACAGUCACACCCUCUUUCUCAACGGCGCUGAGUACGACAUGAUCAAGGCUGGGGGCUACAAAUAUAAAUUCUUCAACCUGAAGGCCAUGACAGUUUACAAAGUGAAAGUUGUGGCACAGACGCAUCAGGUGCCUUGGCAGCUUCUGACCGAGCAGAGGGAGAAAAGGGAAAUCUCUGUGGAGUUCUGCACUCAACCCGCAGGACCCCCCCACCCUCCACAGGAGGUUCAGGUCCAGUGUGGUCAGACGCCCGGGGUUCUGCAGGUCAGAUGGAAGCCCCCGCCUCUGACGUCUGCGGGAACCUCCAAUGGUGCCAAUGUAAUAGGCUAUGCUGUAUGCACAAAGGGACAAAAGAUAGCAGAGGUCUUGUACCCCACAGCAGACUAUGUGACGGUGGAGUUAAACAGGAUCCAAUGCCUGGAAGCCAGGGAGGUCAUUGUAAGGACGUUAUCAACACAAGGAGAGUCCCAGGACUCACCUGUGGCGGUCAUCCCGCAUAAUCUAUUGGGCUCGCCUCGCCUCUCUCACCGAACCACGGGGUCUCCUAACACUUUGUCCCACGCCCCGACCCAUCCAGUUCUCUCUCAAACUCACCCUCCUUACCCAUCCACAUAUCCCCCAAAUCACCCGCAGCCACAGGUGCAGCCUAUUCCUCGAGCUCAACCCCAUACUCUGCCCCACGCACAGCCACACUCACAGCCCGUCUGUCACCAACCUCCUCACCCGCAGUCUCAGUUCCAGCGCCAGCCUGUGCCCAAGUCCAAAUCGCUCCUAAGUGCCAGAGAGACAGAUACCAAAGAGCACGAGGCCAGCAUGCGGCCAGGCGCGCCCUGGGAACGCUCCCCAUCCCCUUUGCCUCUGAUGCGCGGCCCCAAUCUGGAGCCCCCGCCCUUCCAACAACGGCGAUCGCCCUCUCCACAGAGGAUCCUGCCGCAGCCUCAGGGAGUCCCCAUUCCCAAUACCAUCGCUAAGGCCAUGGCCAGGGAAGCUGCACAGAGAGUGUUUGCUGAAAGCAACAGGGUGGAGAAGAGGAACAUCUUCAGCGAGCGAGGAAACACACUGCAUCCACUUAACUCUGAUGAGGAGGAAGAUGGUUAUGAUUCUCCUCAUGCAAGAAGAAGAGGGGCUUCUGUGGAUGAAUUCCUUAGAGGCUCUGAACUGGGAAGACAGCACCACCACCACCACCACCACUACAGCCACAGUGAGGAGUACUACACAGAGAGCAGCCGCGGGUCAGACUUGUCCGACAUAAUGGAGGAGGACGAGGAAGAUCUUUAUUCUGAGAUGCAACUGGAAGAGGGCCGCAGGCGGAGCAUCAACUCUCACAACUCGCUAAAGGCGUACUACAAGCGGCAGGACCUCGCUGAGGAAAGAGACUGCUGGGACCUCCAUAGGGAGGUAGUGAAACACAAGUCGCUCCGGAGCAAGCGGCUCCACAGCAUCCCUGAGGUGGAGGAGGAGUCAGACGCUGUGGACAACAUGGGCCAGCGUCUGUGCUUCGAAGAUGGUGGUCGGCCAGGAACGCCACAUACUCAGCGGAGGCCGUACCCCCAUGACAGUCACAAGUACAAUCAAAUCACCUCUAGUAAGAGCCUCCGGCACUUGCAGCGUCAGCGCUCUUCGCCUCGCUUUGCUGACAUCCGCUACUACUACAACCCAGAGGACCGUAUUCUGGGACGACCCAACCGCCAGAACACCAAGAGUCCUGAUAGUGGUUUGGACUGUGGCAGUGAAGAAGAAGGAUCCCUGGGCAGAGGUCAUCGAGGGUACUACACUUAUGGAACCCCCAUGCGGGGACCUGUACGUGUCAUCCACUGUGAAGGCCCAGUAGAAAGGCGAGCUCUAGCCAUGGGUCGCAAGAGAACUCUGACACGCCAAUGCAGUGUGGAGGAGGAGUUUGCUGACAUUCCAUUGACCUCUAUUAAGUCAGUCCACACAGGUGACUUUAGAAACAUAGAACACUUUGGAUCACGGAACUACUCCCGGGAGGGUGCCCUGAGUGAGGGCAGGCUGAACGAACUGGAGAGGGUCUAUUACAGUCCUCACAGGGAGGCUAGAGCCCACUCUUUGUCCAGGCUCCACUGGGACCAGGCGCUGAUCAUCGGAAACUCGCCAUCACAUGGAAAUACUGACCGUCUGGACCAUUCAGGGCGGAGGCCGGUUCACAUAGGCACCCCCCCUCAGCGACGGCCCAUCCCCUCCAUUGAGAUCACCAUGGACAGUAACAGUGAGGGGAGUGAGGGGAACCUCUCACCCGUCAAGGAGGAUGUUUACUAUGGCAGUGUAGCUCGGCGAAGGAUAUGGCCAUCUUUGUCCUCAGAGGAUCAAUAUGACAGCUAUGGUGGACGCAGGCAAGGGCGAGGACGCCGCUCUCCCGAUUACUUUGAGGAAUCGGAGCCGGAGGAGCUGACUCGUGUCUUUGUGGCCCUUUUUGACUACGACCCCCUGUCCAUGUCUCCCAACCCCGAUGCCGCUGAUGAGGAGCUGCCUUUCAAGGAGGGCCAGAUCAUCAAGGUGUUUGGCAAUAAAGACACGGAUGGCUUCUACAGAGCAGAAAUCAGAGAUCGAGUGGGCCUGAUCCCUUGUAACAUGGUCUCUGAGAUCCAAACAGAGGAUGAUAACAUGAUGGGGCAACUCCUCAAACAGGGCUUUCUGCCACUUAACACUCCUGUAGAGAAUUUAGUCAACUGCGACCGUUUCAAAGAUGGACGGUUAAUAAAUCGCAGGUCCAGAAAGUCCAAGCGAGAGAGGAACAGGCGAAGUGGGCGUCAACAUCCAAUGUCUACCCGCAGAAUGGUGGCCCUUUAUGACUACGACCCAAGAGAGAGUUCCCCUAACAUUGACAUAGAGUAUGAGGGCAACAGACUAGAUGACGAGGCUGAACUGACUUUCUGUGCUGGGGAUGUCAUCACCGUUUUCGGGGAAAUUGAUGAAGAUGGGUUUUAUUAUGGUGAGCUCAACGGACACAAUGGACUUGUUCCUUCCAACUUUCUAGAAGAAGUGCCUGAUGAUGUCGAGGUUUUUCUCACGGACUCACCAUCUCGAUACCCCCAGGACACUCCCACACGGAUGAAGACCAAAAGGAAGAAGAGUGUUCAUUUCACACCUUAAAGGCUCUGUUUCCGUCACGUAAGUGAGCAACUGAGGAUACCAAGAUUACGCUCCCCUCGUCUAAUGCAGAUGACAUGGGUACCCUUAGUUUCUGGUAUGCAACAUGUACACUCUAUAUGCCAUUCUUUAAUACCUUUAGGAAGUGCAAGAGAUGUUCUUGGUUUUGACAAAAAUCUCCACAUGCUUUUUUUGCCUGUGCUUUGCUAGGUGACAGUCACCCUAGCCAAUGCAUUAGACAAGACGUGUGGUAUCUUCAGUUGUUUCUCCUCCGAGUGUUGUACAUGACAAUGUCUGUCUCCUUAAAAGUCUCCUACUGUAACCAAUGCUAAGCUAAAAGGCAAUUUUGCACUCUCCCUGCCACAGUAAUAUCCAAACACAUAAGCUAAAACUACGCAUACACAAGUACAGUAUAUUCAUGACAUACAGUAUAUCACAAACGAAGAGGAAUUUAUCAACCCAAAUGCCUACCUUGCUCACGGUGCAACCAAAAGUAACACAAGUAAUACACACAUGUGGAACAUAAUGCAACCACAUGGACUAUGCUGGUAUCGACAUAAAUGCUUACACACAUGCAAAACAAUACUAUUAUAAACUAAUUAAUUAUAACCUCCGAGGCAUGCUGGGAAAGACCACACACACACUUUCCCUAACAGCAAGUUGCCCAGCAUGUGUCGCGGGUUUUACAUUAGUGUAAAAUGUUGUUUUGCAUGUAUAUUCGUGUGUAAGCAAGCAUUAGACUGUGUGGUGCAAUUACACAUAUUACAUAACAUUUUUAAACCAGUUGAAAAAUUGCAAGAAUGCACAUUUUGCAUUGUUGGAUCUUAAUGAGGUUCUAUGUAGAGCUUCAAAAUGCAAAAAGAAGAAAUGGGACUGAGACACAAACAUCUUUGAGUCAGCAACUUAUUGCACAUAACCAUUACAAGUGAAACAGGCUGUCCAUCAGCUGAUCAAAAGGUUAAGACCACAGCCUUUAAAAGCCAACAUUUUGACAAAUAUGAUUCAAUGUCAUUUUCUGUCACGUAUUCUCACUGUCAUGAUCUCUUGAUGGCAAAGGAAAAACAGCUGUCUUUCUUUGAAUACCAUCGGAUUGUUGAGCUGCAUAAGUAAGGCCUCUUGCAGCAAACCAUUGUUGCUGAAAUUGGAGGCUGUAAGACAAUCAUUUUAAUCUUCUUAAAAGAUCCUUAGGGUUAUGGAACAAAAAAGUCAAGUGGUAGACCCAAAAAAAUGUCACUGGCCCUGACCGUGAGGAUCCGAUUGGCUGUCCGUCAAGACAUGGGACAAUACUCGGUCCAAAUGAAGAUUGUUAUGGGUGCCAAGUGCAGUUCAAUAAUCAUCAGACGACAUCUAUGAGAGAAGUGUUUUAAGUACAAAAGACGUCUUCAUAGGCCUCGUCUCCUUCAAUGCCACGAAAUCGCCCGGAAUUUGCACAAGCGCACCAAACAUGGGACAAUGAGAGGUGGAAGAAAGUUUUAUUCUCUGAUGAGAAAAGAAAUGUAACCUUGAUGGUCCUGAUGGCUUCCAACAUUACUGGCAUAACAUGGAGAUCCCACCUGAGAUGUUUUCAACAUUGCACAGUGGAGGGGGCGCCAUUAUGAUCUGGGGUGCCUUUACCUUCAAUGGAACAAUGGAGCUUCAGGUUGUGCAGGGGCGUCAAACCACAGCUGGCUGUGUGGAGAUGUUGCAGGGGGCAUCCCUCAUGACUGAAGGCCCUCAUUUGUGUGGUAAUGACUGGGUUUUUCAACAAGACUACGCUGCAGUUCCCAAUGCUCGUCUGAUAAAGGACUUCCUUCACAGUAAUAACGUCACUCUUUUGGACCAUCAUGUGUCCACCUGAUCUGAAUCCAUUUGAGAACAUUUAGGUUUGAAUGGCAAGGGAAGUUCACAAAAAUGGACAUCAGUUCCAGACAGUGAAGCCAUCUUCACCACCUGGAGCAACAUUUCCACUAGCCUCCUGGAAACACUGGCAUCAAGCAUGCAACAUUUUAUAUCUAUUUUAGGGGGGUAAUUUUUUUAAGCUAUAAUUUUAAACUUUUGAUCAGCUGAUGAACAGCCUAUUUCACUAGAAUGCUUUUUUGCAAUAAAUUGCUCACUCAAUUUUUUUUUGUCUCACUCCCAUUUCUUCUUUUUGCAUUUUGAAGCUCUACUUAGUAUGUCCUUACAACAGUGCAAAAUGUAAAUUCUUGCAAAUUUUGAUCAUGUGCUUAUUUUUGGUUGCACUAUGAGUGAGGGAAGCGUUUGUUUUUUGUUGACCUCCUGUUGGUUUGUGUUCAAGGGUCAAAAUAGACAUUUGUAUGGCCAUCUCAAUUACUUGUUGGACGGUCUGAGAACACAACCCCCAUGAAAAGCAGGGAUCUAUGAAAUUGAAAAACAGAAACAUGCUGGAGGCCACUUUGAUACAAUUUGUCUAUUAACGAUGCUAAAACAUAGGCCAAUAUAUGGUAAGCAAUGUGAACAAAACAUCCGCAUUUUAGUUUGGUGUCAUCGAUGACGAAGCAAAUCAGUGCAGUCUCAUUAAUAAUUGAUUUUAUAUUUACAAUAUGCCUAGGGCCAAUAAAAAAGGCCCCUAAAUAAUUAACAUUGGCCUCAAAAUGGCCCCGGGCCGGCACUUUGGACGCUCCUGGCCCAUACAAAUAUGCAGCAGUUUAGAAUUUUGGAUGGAUUUUGAAUUUCAUAUCUGGAACCAAUUCAGUGGUCUCAAAGUCCACUGGGAUAGGUUCCAGCUCUCUACGGCCCUGAACAGGAUGAGCAUUACAGAAAUGAGAUGGAUAGUUCAGGUGGAGUUUCUCAUAGUCUAUUUUAGAAGAUUAUUUCCUAAUACUUAUCCAGUUCAGGGUCAUUUGGGAGCUGGAGUCUAUCCCAGCUGACUCUGGGCUAAAGGCGGAUUACACUCAGGACUGGUCAUCAGUCAAUCACAGGGUACAUGUGGAGAAACCACCAUUUAAACCUACAGUCACUUAGCCGGAAUUGACACGCAAGGUCAACUGUGUGUACCUACCCUACACUACACUAUACCCUUCAGUGACUCAAAGCAGCAAAAGCCUAAUUUGUUUUGGGACACACAAGUACAGAAUAAACAUGCUUAGUAACAAUUUUAAGUAACAAUAUUAUACACUAUGUGGACAGAAGUAUUGGGACAGCUUUACACGUUUGUGGGAUAGGUUGAGGUCAGGGCUCUUCCACACAUCCAACCAAAUGGACCUUGCUUUGUCAUGCUGGAACAGAAAAGGGCCUCAAGUGGUGUGCCUGAAUACUUUUGUCCACUGAGUGUAUCUUUCACAGACCAUGAGAUGUCAACACCUGUACGUCUUCCUAAAGUGCAACUUGAAGGAGCCUUUUAGCUUACGAUUACAGACAAGUUUUGACCAACAAUUUCUCUGUAACCCAGUUGUAUCUCCAGUCUCUAUAGAGCAAUCUCUAAGACGUGAAUGUACUUUGUCCCUAUUGUCCUCCAAAUGCAAAAAUAUUUGUGUAAGGGGCUGCUAUUAUUGGGAUGUCUUCCUACAUGGAGCUGGAAAUGUGUGUUGUUGCAUCUUCAAUCAGAAACAAGACAAGCAGACGGGGUGGGUGGGGCAUCGGAGUGCUUCUAGAGGUAGACCUGCAGAGCUGAUGGUGUGACAGAUAGCUGUAUUUUAACAUCCUCAACUGUCCCCUACGGAUCUCCCAUUAGGUUCCAUGGGAUCAUUCGGGUCCGUCCAGAAGAGCAGGCUCCCCCACAGUGCAUCCACACGUCAUGCAGCACCAUCAGGGCCCCACUGGACAUGCACGCCUACAAACAGUCAAAGGAACUUCACUACGAAGAGAAGAACCAGUCGCUCGAC